AGUAUUUGGUAUUCCACCAUGGAAUUGAAUCAUCCUCUGUUCUUCUCUCCUCUCUUCAUGUUUCCAACAUCUGUAUUUUUCAACUUCUAUUCUCUUUCUUCUUAAUGCUUCUAACUUUCAACAUCCAAUUCAGAGCCAUUCUUUAAUGGACUAAUGUACACAGCUUUCUCAUAUCUACCACACUUGUUCAUUUAUCUUCUGUUCCUUUUUUUGUAAUGGCUACUGGGUUUUCUUCUACUAUUGCCAUUGUUGUCUUUCUUCUCUGUUUCUGUGUUUCUAAUGUUGUUUUACAAAGAACAGAGGAGUACCCAGAAAGACAAAUCUUGUUUUCUUUCAGGAGUUCUCUUGAAAAUCCUUAUCUUUUGUCUACAUGGACCCCCACAAUUUCACAUUGCAAAUGGGAUGGUGUUUUCUGCCAAAAUGGUCAAGUUGUUUCCCUUAUUCUUUCUUCUUUGUCGCUCAAAGGGCCUAUUUCACCCCACAUUGCUUCAUUGAAGAGUUUGAAAGUGUUGGAUUUGAGUAAUAACCAGUUGUCUGGUGAGUUACCAAUUCAUCUCAGUGAACUUUCUCUGUUAGAAACAAUUAAACUUGGUUCUAACUGUCUUACUGGAGAAAUACCGCCGGAGUUUGGACGGUUGACGGAGAUGAAGUUACUUGACCUUUCAGGCAAUGCACUGACCGGAAAAAUUCCAGCCCAACUUGGUCACCUUACUAAGCUACAAGUUUUGGCACUUGGAAAUAACCUUCUUUCUGGUUCUUUAUCUGCAACACUUUUUACAAAGCUUCAAUCUUUAACUUCUUUUGAUGUUUCUAAUAACACCCUUUCUGGUAUUAUUCCACCUGAAAUUGGGGAAUUGAGAAGCCUUACUGAUCUUUACAUUGGGGAAAACAGAUUCUCUGGCCAUUUGCCAGCAGAAAUUGGUGAACUUUCAAGACUCGAGAUUUUCUUGGCUCCUUCAUGUUUACUUGAAGGUCCAUUGCCUGAAUCCAUCUCAAAGUUGAAAUCUUUGAAAAGAUUUGACCUUUCUUAUAACCCAUUGAAGUGUUCAAUCCCAAAAGCUAUAGGUAGUCUUGAGAAUUUGACUAUACUGAACCUUGCUUACUCUGAGAUCAAUGGUUCAAUACCUUCUGAGCUUGGAAAGUGUAGAAACUUGGUGUCUGUAAUGCUUUCUUUUAACUCACUCUCUGGGUCUUUGCCUGAAGAACUUGCAGAGUUGCCUGUUCUAUCCUUUUCUGCAGAAAACAAUCAGCUUUCUGGUGCAUUGCCUUCUUGGAUUGGAAAAUGGACACAAAUGGAUUCAUUGUUGCUUUCGAGUAACCGGUUUUCUGGGAAAAUUCCUGCUGAGAUUGGGAAUUGUUCUAUGUUGAGUCAUAUUAGUUUGAGCAAUAACUUACUGACUGGUCCAAUACCUAAGGAGCUUUGCAAUGCCGUGGCACUCGCGGAUAUUGAGCUUGGCAAUAACUUUCUCACAGGCACCAUUGAUGACACAUUUGUCAAGUGUGGCAAUCUGAGUCAGUUGGGAUUAAUGGAUAAUAGUAUUGCUGGGAUGAUUCCGGAGUAUCUAUCACAGCUUCCUUUGGUGGUUCUUGAUUUGGAUUCCAACAAUUUGACAGGUCCAAUUCCGGUGAGUCUCUGGAAUUCGACUUAUAUGUUGGCUUUUUCUGCUGCGAAUAACCGGUUAUGGGGUACUCUACCGGUGGAGAUUGGCAAUGCUGUGUCAUUGCAGAGUCUUGUUCUUAGUAACAAUCAGAUAACUGGUGUCAUUCCUAAGGAGAUUGGUAAUUUAACCUCUCUUUCAGUGUUGAACUUGAAUUCCAAUCUUCUUGAAGGGUAUAUUCCUGAUGAGUUGGGUGAUUGUGUCUCUCUUACAACAUUGAAUAUUGGGAAUAACAGGCUGCGUGGGUUGAUACCGGAGACACUGGGGCAUCUGCCUCAGUUACAGUGUUUAGUCCUUUCACACAAUGAUCUUAGUGGUGCUAUUCCUUCUAAGAUUUCCAAGUAUUACCGGCAAGUUAGUAUCCCUGAUUCGAGUUAUGUGCAGCAUCAUGGAGUUUAUGAUCUGUCUCACAACAAAUUGUCUGGCUCAAUACCUGAAGAGCUAGGGAGUUGUGUUGUUAUAGUGGAUCUUUUGCUCAGCAAUAACAUGCUAUCUGGAGAGAUACCACGAUCACUCGCCCACCUGGUGAACCUCACUACGUUAGACUUAACCGGGAAUUUGUUAACAGGCACCAUUCCAAAGGAAUUUGGCAACUCACAUAAGCUGCAAGGAUUUUAUCUGGGGAAUAACCAGCUUACAGGAUCAAUCCCUGAAAGCAUUGGCCAAGUAAAUAGUUUGGUGAAGCUGAAUUUGACAGGGAACAUGCUUUCAGGUCCAAUACCCUCAAGUUUUGGGAAGUUAAAUGGGAUGACUCACUUAGAUUUGAGCUCAAAUAUACUUGACGGUGAACUUCCUCAGUCGCUUUCCAGGAUGGUAAACCUUGUUGGCCUUUAUGUUCAGCAGAACAGGCUUUCGAGCGGUCUAGAUAAGCUAUUCUCAAACUCUGCAGCAUGGAGACUUGAGAUUAUUAAUUUGGGUACUAACUCCUUCACUGGAGACUUGCCACCAUCAUUGGGCAACUUGUCGUAUUUGACGUUUCUUGAUCUCCAUGCAAACAGUUUAACUGGUGAAAUUCCAGUUGAGCUAGGAAAUCUUGUGCAACUUGAGUAUUUGGAUGUCUCAGGUAACAGUCUCUCUGGCCAAAUUCCCGAAACAAUAUGUGCCCUUCCCAAUUUAGAUAUACUAAAUUUUACGGAUAACAAACUGAAAGGAGCUAUACCGAGGAAUGGAAUUUGCCAGAAUCUUUCAAAAGUUUCAGUGGCUGGGAACAAAGAUCUCUGCGGGGGGAUCGUGGCUCUAAAAUGCCCUGCCAAUAGUUUUGUUAAAAGAUCAUUGUUGUUUAAUGUCUGGGGAAUCUUAUCAGUGGUGGCUGGGACUAUACUUAUCACUCUUACUAUUGUCAUUGUGAUAAGGAUAUGGGUUAAUAGAAGCAGCAGAAAGAGUGAUCCCGAGGAGGCCGAGGAUAGCAAACUUGACAGUGAUGAUCAGCACCUUUAUUUCUUAGGCAGCAGCAAGUCGAAAGAGCCUCUUAGCAUCAAUGUGGCCAUGUUUGAGCAGCCUCUUCUCAAGCUGACCUUGGUUGAUCUUCUUGAAGCCACCAACAACUUUUGCAAGACUAAAAUUGUUGGUGAUGGAGGGUUUGGAACUGUCUAUAAGGCUACUUUACCUAAUGCUAAGACAGUUGCAGUUAAGAAGCUAAACCAAGCAAAAACUCAGGGUCACCGCGAAUUUUUAGCUGAAAUGGAAACUCUAGGCAAAGUGAAACAUCGAAAUCUUGUUCCUUUGCUUGGGUACUGUUCUUAUGGUGAGGACAAAGUGCUUGUUUACGAGUAUAUGGUUAACGGGAGCUUGGACCAUUGGCUGAGAAACCGUACUGGAACACUUGAUGUGCUGGAUUGGAGCAAACGACUUAAGAUUGCUGUAGGUGCUGCUCGUGGUUUGGCAUUUCUUCAUCAUGGAUUCACACCACACAUUAUUCACAGGGACAUUAAACCAAGUAACAUCUUGCUCAACGAAGACUUUGAGGCCAAAGUUGCAGAUUUUGGGUUGGCAAGGUUGAUCAGCGCCUGUGAGACGCAUGUAAGCACUGAUAUUGCUGGUACAUUCGGUUACAUUCCUCCCGAGUAUGGGCAGACAUGGCAGUCUACAACAAAAGGAGAUGUUUAUUCUUUCGGAGUGAUCCUUCUUGAAUUGCUGACAGGGAAAGAGCCAACAGGACCGGAUUUCAAAGAUGUCGAAGGUGGAAACUUGGUUGGUUGGGUACUCCAGAAGAUCAAGAAAGGUCAUUCAGCUGAUGUUCUUGAUCCAACAAUACUUGAUGCAGAUUCAAAGCAGAUGAUGCUUCAGACAUUACAGAUUGCUGCAAUAUGUCUCUCUGAUAAUCCGGCUAAUCGCCCGUCUAUGCUCCAUGUCUUCAAGUUCUUGAAAGGAAUCAAUGGGGAAUAAAUCAUCACUCUGUUAUCUCAUAUGUCUAGUUUUAUCUUUUAAUCUUGUUAUUGUUAUUAAGCAUAUGUUAAUAA